ACUUAUCCAAACAUCCAAGAUGGCGGCCGCUGCAGUUUGUGCACGCCAACUUGGCCGACUUUUGGCAAGAAAUACACCGCUAAGAACACUUCCUUGUAUUUCGUCUGUUAGAUAUCUACGUAGAUUGCCAGAGAGCGAAAUUCAUAAGGAUAUCCAACCUCUAAAACUACCAGGAAAGCUUGGCGAAAUGACAGGAACAGUUAUGUAUCCUAAUGAAGACUCUGCCAAGUGGGAUAUUGAUGAACCAAUACCUGAGAAACUAGUUACCAACAUGACAAUCAAUUUUGGUCCACAACAUCCUGCUGCUCAUGGCGUACUGAGACUGGUUCUUGAAUUAGAUGGAGAGGUUGUUGUUAGAGCAGACCCACAUAUUGGCUUAUUGCACCGAGCAACAGAGAAACUGAUUGAAUACAAGACAUAUUUGCAGGCACUGCCAUACUUUGAUCGCCUGGACUAUGUGUCUAUGAUGACCAAUGAGCAAGCUUAUUCAUUAGCAGUGGAACGACUGUUGAAUAUUGAAAUACCAGAGAGAGCUAAAUGGAUUAGAGUAUUAUUUGGAGAGAUCACCAGGAUCCUGAAUCACAUCAUGGGUGUAACUACACAUGCUCUGGAUGUCGGAGCCAUGACACCAUUCUUCUGGAUGUUUGAAGAAAGAGAAAAGUUGAUGGAAUUUUACGAGAGAGUAUCUGGUGCUCGUAUGCAUGCAGCCUAUGUAAGACCAGGAGGAGUAUCUCAGGACAUGCCUCUUGGCUUAAUGGAUGACAUCUAUGAUUUCAUCCAGAAGUUCCCCCAAAGAUUAGAUGAAGUUGAAGAGAUGUUAACAAACAACAGAAUAUGGAAGCAAAGAACUGUUGACAUUGCAGUUUUAUCAGCCRAAGAUGCUUUAAACUAUGGAAUGAGUGGAGUAAUGCUGAGAGGAUCAGGGAUCAAAUGGGAUCUUCGAAAGUCUCAGCCAUACGAUGCUUAUGAUCAAGUAGACUUUGAUGUUCCUAUUGGAAAAAAUGGUGACUGUUAUGACAGAUACUUGAUAAGAAUGGAAGAAAUGAGACAGAGUUUAAAUAUCAUUCUCCAGUGUCUGAAUAAAAUGCCACCUGGUGAAAUCAAGGUGGAUGAUGCUAAAAUAUCACCUCCUAAACGAAGUGAGAUGAAGGAAUCUAUGGAAGCCUUGAUCCAUCAUUUUAAACUGUAUACCGAAGGCUACCAAGUACCUCCUGGAGGCACAUAUACUGCAAUUGAAGCACCCAAGGGAGAGUUUGGUGUAUAUCUUGUAGCUGAUGGUACCAGUAAACCCUACCGCUGUAAAAUAAAGGCACCUGGAUUUGCACAUUUGUAUGGAUUAGAACAUGUCUCAAAGGGACAUAUGUUGGCUGAUGUGGUUGCCAUUAUCGGUACCCUGGACGUUGUCUUUGGAGAAGUGGAUCGCUAAACUUUGACAAUGGUUUAAAAGAUAUGUGAUCGUUGUGCAGUCCUAAUGAAGUGUUGUGAAAAAACUUUGGGGAAGCGAUUCACAGUGAUCUCUCAAAACACUAUUUUGUAAAAUAUCAAGUUAUCAACAUUAUGAAUGAAUAAAUUUUAAAGUCACGUGA